GUAACUGUUAUUGGUACCAAUGGACUGGCUUAUAACGUGUGCUGAGCAUUUUAUAUAUUAGUUUUAGAGAAGAUUGAUUGGAGAUUGAUUAUGGGGACGAUAUUGGUCCCGAUAUUUGAGGAGAGUAUGGAGAGGGACCUGAAUGAUUUACAGCGGUCAACUACACUACUAUCAGACAAAUAUUAACACUUUUGUAUGCCUGUUGCUUUCUUGGCCUCACCCCUAAUACUUGUUAUUGUAGAUUGGUCAGCAUUUUUAUUGGAGGUUGUUUAGGCAGCUGUUAGUAUUUGCUGUGUACUUUUUACAAUCACUGUGGUCUGUACAAUUGUAGUAAUAUGUCUAAGGCAAGUAAAUAUCCAUAACGCAUGUGUUGGCACGAUAGAGUUUGGUUCUGGUUCCUUAUCUGGGUAUAGAAUGCAUGUUGAAGUUAUAGUUUCAGUUUAACAUGGCUGUAUUGUAUAAGGUAAAAUUUGCCUGUAAUGAACAAAAUGACGAAAUUCAAAAUGCUUUUCAUGUAUGGCACAUCCAAUGCAAGUUGCUAGGAAAGUUGUGUAACACAUAAGUAAUACAUAAUGACCAAACUAAGACAGGUAAAAUCUAAUAACACUGUCCUAAAGAGAGAGAAAAAACUAAACUCACUGAUAUGUGAAUUAAUCUAUGCAGUCCAUGAAUAAAGUCAGGAAUUUAAAAAAUCAGUUUUGAUAAAUGCCACAUAAGACUAAGUCCAUGACAAUCAGGUGGAGGUUUGUAGUCGGAAACUCGUAAGGAAGUAUGAUGUUCAGACGGGGAUCUGGUUAGGAAGAAUUUUGUGAUUCACUUAAGCAGUUCAUGGAAACUGGAACAAUUGGUAUCGGCAACAUAGUCUUUUUAAUCCUUGCUUUGUUGGUGCUGAUGCUGGGUCAAUGUGUCGUCGACUUAAGAUCCACUGACUUGUGGACACAAAGUUACCAGACCUAUUGUAAGGUCCUCAGUUCUCCCUUUUGCUGGUGACUCAUACGGUCAGAGGAUGCUACGGGAAGACUUCAGUGAUUUGCCCAGACUGAGACAUUGGGAUUUCAAGGCAAACAAUGUCAACCUUGGGACAAUCAAGAGUCUGGAUAGUGUCCGCCUUGGCCAGCUGUCAAGUUUUCGGUACAGAUCCCAGCUCAAUACUUGCCUUGCAGCCAGUCACAUUUUGUCGGAUGUAACGCUUACUCAGGCAGAACAGAUUGGCACAACCUUUGUAACACACGCUGACUUGGAGUGCGUAGAUUCACAGUACUUACUCUGUGGUCUGAGUGAUGGUGGUGUUGCAAUCUACGACACAUUGUCCAUUAAAGAAGGAAGGGUUUAUGCUGAGGUUGGGUCAGUUAAAGGAGGCCAGAGAGGAAGCCACAAGUACCAGGUUGACUGUGUCCAGUGGUACCCAGCAGAUACAGGACUCUUCACAACCUCCAGCAGAGACAAGAAAGUGAAAAUAUGGGACCCCAAUUGCAUGAAGCCGGUAGACCAGUUUCGUUUAGAAUGUCAUGUCUUGCACCACCACAUGUCACCUGUUGCAACAAAACAUUCACUUCUCUCUGUUGGAGCUGAUACAGGUGAAGUGAUCCUUUGUGACAUGCGCAGUGGUUCAUCAGCUCACCGCCUACUUGGGCACAUUGGGCCAGUGAAUGUGAUUCAGUGGUCACCCAGCAAUCAGUAUAUUCUAGCAUCAGGUGGAAGGGACCAAACCAUCAAGUUGUGGGAUGUGCGAGCAGGGAGGGCCCACCUCAUGGACCUAGAUAUGGAGAACCGCACCGAGACACCCCAUAGGAAGAAGCGAGCCAAGAGGACCCCUGUGGCUCACAAGAACCGUGUCACCUCCCUUUGCUUCACCACAGAUGGCCUAUGGUUGCUCUCCUUCAGCUAUGACAACGACUUACGUCUGUGGAACUCAGCCAGUGGUGAGAACAUGAUGGUGGACUAUGGUGAGACCUACACAGAGCUCAAGCGGCCACUGCGCAUGUCUGUAACUACCAAUACCUAUCCUGACCUGGUGUUCAUUCCUUCUGAGAGCAAGAUUUUGGUGUAUGAGAUCUUCUCAGGGAAGAUGGUCAAUGUUCUCAGGGGGCAUUUCUCCACGGUGUUAGGGGCAGUGUACAACCCCUCCUCUAUGGACCUAUAUAGCUUUGGCACUGAUCGUAAUUUCAUAACGUGGACACCCAAGAGGUUGUUGACUAGUGAUUUACCUGAAGAGGAGGAGGAAGAGGAAGAGGAGGAUGAGGAGGAAGUGGCAGAGGAAGAAAUAGUGGAAGAAGUAGCGGUGGAGGAAAGAGGAACAGAGAGAAGGAGAGUGAGAAGUACAGGUGGAAUGGUCAAUGAUUGUCCUUCUCUGGAUCUCUCCCUGCCUGACACUCUUCCUGAUACUUCACCACCUUCCUCAGUCCCCUUACCUCAUCCCCUGAAUUCUUCUCCAGCUACUUCUCCAACAGCCAUCUCUACCUCACCCCAGGCACCUGCAAACUUCUGUGGCAGAAGAAAUAAUGGCACACUGCUAUUAAGGAGGAUCCAGUUGUAUCUCUUCAGUUUUAUCCUUAGAGUUUGGGAUUGGCUGUGGGAGUACACAUGCCAUUAUGCACAGACUGAAUUUGUGCUGAAUGGUCUGAAAUGGUUCUGGGAUGGUGCUACAGAUGAGUGUUGGAUAUCCUUCAUCACCAUCCUAGUCAAGUGGUCCAGUCUCUCUGCAAGUUUUGCAACACUGGACCAAAUCCAUGCCUACCCGCAUCAAACUGCAAUCAUGGCCAUGACAAUGCUACACCCAACAAAACUUAUCUCACUCUGCAGUACUAAAAGCAGCAAGGGACCACUUAAGAUACUUAUAAAGAUAAGUAGCACUACUGUCUCAAUUAAGAUCCUAGUUGCCAACUACGAAGCUAAGCUCUGCCCACCAGUCAUCCUCUAG